CAGACUGAGCUUACUGAAGCUCUUAUUAAAUAAGACUAAUUAAUUUCUUCGUCCGUGGGCGGUACACAAUGGUUUGAGAAAAAGUCACGUGAUUAGGAAGGGGAGGGCCGGUUGGCGCAAAAAUUAAUUUUAAAAAAGUAACUGUCAUCUAACGAGAAGUUUAAAACUUCUCUUUUGACUUGAAUUCUCUUUAAAAAAUAUCUCUUCUCUCUCUCUCUCUCUCUCGAGACAAUAUUUAAUCAAAAUGAGCUCAUACGAAGAAGAAGCUAAACAAGAUACACAGCAGUUUGUCACAGGUCUAUUGAAUACUGAAGGCCUACCCACUGUAUUUGACAAGUGCUUGAGUAUAAGUCGAAUUGAAGAUAAACUAAAGUCUCUAAAGGAGCAGAUUGAGGAAUGCCUAAAAGAUACUGCUCACAAAGAACUGAAAGCUCAAAUGUUGGAUCGUCUAGAGGCUAUUGAGAGAGAUUUAACAACAGUUACAACACAUGUAAAAGAAGCUCAAAAAGAAGCGAAAGAAAAUAAUGAGAAAUGUCAAAAGCAAAUAAAAGAAUUACAAAGUAUUGUUGCAGAGCAACAGAAAGUCAUUAAUGAACUUGUUAAUGAGGUUCGCAAGGAAAAUUUACCCCCAAUAGGAACUCUGCCUGAGUCUACACCUCAACAAAAGAGUACACCAUCUAAUGUUCAUGAUGACUCAGGGUAUCUAAGUGCUCAUAGCAUCAGAAGUAAACCCACCGUAUCUGGUGAGCAAGAACUGAAAAUAAAACUAGACUAUCCAGAUGAAGACUCUAUAGCACCUUCCACACACUAAAAAUAGGUUUCUAGUUAUUUUUAUGGAUGCAUGUAAAUCUUAGGAGUUAAAUAUUUAUUUAUGUUCUAGUUAGCAUACUUAAUUUUUUUCUACUAAAUAUUGAUAAAUUUUAUAUACUAGUUUUAUAAUUAGGCUUCAAUAAAUACUGUGCUAUUUUUG